AUGCCUAGCACCUGCAAGUUGAUGCUGCUGCUGCGCAUCUGUCAGUUGGUGCUGCUGCUGACAAAUGUGACGGGAAUGGCAGCGACGGCAUUUCAGACGCAGCUGCAAGACGUUCGGCUGCUGAGUCCCAUCAGCGCCCUCAUGGACGUGCGUAACUUGUCCUUCACCGCGACGCCCCUGGAGGUGUUCAUGCCUUUGUCGUGGACGACGAAUGGGACCUACGCGUCGCAGAAGGAGGUGUGCGCGGAGGCCGGAGGCAUCCCACUGCUCAUCAAAACGCAACGAACCCUCAACGACACCCAGACCGUUGUUUGGGCCGGAGGUCAUUAUCUGCCUUUCAACAUGUUUGCUUGGUCGUGCGCCCGCGAUUUCGAUGGAGACGGGGAACCUGAGUGGCCCGACGGCGAGAAAACUGCCGCCACCAUCUUCACGGCUGACAGACUCGGAACGAUGUUACUUGCCGGUGGUCCUGCUUACUUCUACUCGACGAGUCAGUACCUCAUGAGCAGCUUCGAAACCAAAGCCUCGACGUUUCCUGUUCUGUGCUCUCGAAAUCCUGCGUGACUGCCAUAAUGGAACAACUUUCUAACGUUGAUUCCUGCGACGUUGGAAAUGAACUCUACGUUAUUUCUCCUGCAAUACGAAACUCUUACGUGAAGCUAUUGUCACAAUAAAACUAUUUCAUGCUCUCAUCAACGUGCACACAUUGAGCUCUUUAAUUUGUGUUAGUGCGUAACACAUCCGCGACGUGUGAAUUCAUUUUUCCGCGCUUAUACAUCUGCACCCGAUCACCUAACUUUGACUUCUAAUCAAUAUACUCUCUGUAGUUCAUCAGGAGUCUCUAUUAAAUCAAUCAGUAAAUGCGCACUCUCUUCACUCAUAAAACAUUUUCUUAUAUAAUAUCGUAAUAAAUUAUAACUUUACAUAUAUGUUUACUUUCAACAAUCGCAUUAUGCGAUACUAUUGGACCUGAAAAUUUCUCACAAAUCUGCUGCAUUAUCCAUGAAGUAUUCAUCACGGUUUGCCACUCAUUCUGCCACCGAACCAGCGCUUGUAUACAGGAACGCAUCACUAUCACUAUCAGUAUCAGGGAACAGCCUCCCUGAUAGCAUCGGUGACGCUCCGA